ACUUCCAUGUGGGGUCACAAGUAAUCAAUUUCGACGGAAGUUGAUCAAAUCAGCAUCAACCACCUAGUAAUGAUUAUACACGCAAAACCUUGCAUCCCGAGAAAAAGCUCAAUUAAACGUGUCGACGAAUGCACCGGUCGGCUUCGCCGAUUGCGACUCAGACACGCACCCACCCGCUUUGACGGGGCAUGCAAUUCCUGUGAUUCACCCCCCACCCCCUUAUAAUCCUCUCUCUAGUCUCUCCAACUCUUACAUCGUCAUUCGCUGCACCACACGCUCUUCGUUUUUCUUGGAAGAGGCGCGUGUUAUUUACUUUCUGCCUUAAUGGGCCAGUCAUCUUCCACCACCGCGGAAGUUAACAUCGGAGAAUUCUCCAAGUCCAUGAGCGAUCGAUUUUUAUCAUCGCCGAUUGUGUCGCGCGAUGCGGUGGAGAAAGCCGGGGAUUGGGACUUGUCGUCGAAUAUUCCCGAUGAGUGUUUGGCUUACAUUUUCGAUUUCCUCUGUGACGGAGAUCGGAAGCGGUGUUCGGUUGUUUGUCGGCGGUGGCUCCGGGUUGAAGGAAAUAACCGUUGCCGAUUGUCCCUUAAUGCUCAGAGCGAAAUCCUUUCGUAUCUGCCUUCGUUGUUUACUCGGUUCGACUCGGUCACGAAACUAGCUCUUCGUUGUGACCGCAAAUCUGUUAGUUUAAACGAUGACGCUUUGAUUCUCAUCUCGCUGCGAUGCAGAAACCUCAUUCGUCUCAAGCUCCGUGGCUGCCGUGAGCUCACCGAUCUUGGUGUCGCCACUUUUGUGCAGAAUUGCAAGGGCUUGAAGAAGCUUUCCUGCGGCUCUUGCACGUUUGGUGCCUCGGCCAUGAAUGCGGUCCUACAGCACUGCACAGGUCUUGAGGAGCUUUCAGUGAAGAGGCUCGGUGGAUUAUUUGAUGGAGCCGAGUCCAUCGUGCCCGGUUCCACAGCUUCCCCGCUGAAAUCGAUCUGCUUGAAGGACCUUGUGAAUGGGCAGUGCUUCGAAUCACUGGUAAUCGGAUCUAAAAAUCUAAAGUCGUUGAAGAUCAGUCAUUGCUUGGGCAACUGGGAUAAAGUCCUUGAAAAUAUAGCCUGUAAAAGCAAUUCUUUGACUGAGAUUCACCUGGAGAGGCUGCAAGUGAGUGAUAUUGGCUUUUCGGCAAUUGCAAAAUGCUCCAGUAUAGAAAUCUUGCAUAUUGUUAAAGCUCCAGAAUGCUCGAAUGUGGGGCUUGUUUGUGUGGCAGAGAAAUGCAAGAAAUUGAGGAAACUUCACAUUGAUGGAUGGAGAACUAAUAGGAUAGGCGAUGAGGGUUUAAUUGCUAUAGCCAAACACUGUUCUAAUCUAGUAGAACUUGUGUUGAUCGGUGUUAAUGCCACUCAUUUGAGCUUGGCUACUAUUGCUGCUAAUUGCCAAAAGCUUGAAAGAUUAGCUCUUUGUGGUAGCAGCACAAUUGGUGAUGCAGAGAUUGUGUGCAUUGCCACAAAAUGCAUGAAACUUAAGAAGCUUUGUGUCAAGGGAUGUGCCAUUUCGAACAUUGGAGUCAAAGCCCUAGGCUCUGGCUGUCCUGAUUUGGUGAAGGUUAAGGUCAAGAAAUGCAGAGCAGUCACUAGUGAAAUUGCUGAUUGGUUACAGGAGCGUAGAGGGCCUGUGAUUGUAAAUUUUGAUGUUGUUCAAUAUGAAACCUUGGAUGCUAUUGUUGGCGGUUAUGGAAUGCAGGAUAAUGUUGUGGAGCUGGCAACAAUGGCUGGCCAAGUAAUAGUUGAAGAUGCUUCUACUAGUAAUGGUCGAUUAGCAUUAAUAAUGACAAAACUAGGACUUUUUGCUAGCAGGAAUUUGGUGGCAUGCGCCUUCAGGAGGUGAUCGAACAGUGAUGAUAGCUUCAUUGAAUGGUUUGGUGGUGUCAUGUAUGCAAUAAGAAAACUCCUGCUUUGUUCCUCAACUUGGCAUCGGUCCUGGAUCGUGUCAUUUGGAUCCUAUUUGGAGAUUAGCGGGAUGAAGUCUGGUUGCAGAGUUUCUUAAAAGAGCUGAGCAUAACUGAGGACAUUCUCUACAGUGACAGUCAGAGUGCUAUCUACUAUCAGUUGCAUGAUUAUGAUAUGUGCAUUGCCAAAAAUGAAGAAGCUCUUCGACUUGAGCCGCGUUUUGCUGAGUGUUAUGGAAAUAUGGCGAAUGCUUGGAAGGUAAUUAUGCAAUUAAUGAAAUAACUGUUGGACUUGUUGAAGCUUUUACUUGGAGGGAACGGACACGGUUGUCAUUGCCACAUUUAUGCAGGAAAAAGGAGAUAUUCCUUACCAAGAAUCCGACAUUUCAUGAAAGAUAAUUCAGAUCAGGUACCAUUUUAUUCAGCAUUUACUUGGUGAUGGACAGUUGAUGUUUGAGAAGAUAAAUGGUAGUGAGAAUCUCGCGGAUAUGUUGACCAAGGGUGUCACGAUUGAUAUGCUGAAGUUGUGCACAACUUGUAAGAGUUGCAGUGUGACUGCUUCUUGAUUGAAGUUCAUGGUUAUCGGUGUUUGAUGAAGCCAGUCUUCAAGUGGGAGAAUUGUUGAGUUGAAGGCCGCCUUUAUUGGGAGGACAGUUUUGUAAAGUCACUUGGGAUAUAAAUAGAUGUUUGUUUUAGGUAUUCCUAUUAUUUUGUUUCUUCCUAAAGUAGUGAAAUCUCUACAACUUCAUGGACGUAGGCACAUUGUCGAACUACAUAAAUAUUGUGUUUGUUAAUUUUCAUGCUCUUAAUUCUGUUGUUUGCAUCGUUCAACCCAUAAGUGAAACAUUGUGAAGCUAUAUGGUCUCUUCUACCACCACGGAUCCAAUCUACUUCUUUAGUUCUUUACGAGCAUGUGGCGAGGGGUAGUCUUGGUGAAUUGCUUCAUGGAGCAUCUUAUACUCUUGAUUGGCCAAUGAGGUUUACCAAGCUCAUGUUGGGGAAUUUGGUUUAGGGAAGGUCAUUGACAUGCCACAAUCAAAAUCCAUGUCAGCCGUUGCAGGUUCUUAUAGCUACAUUGCUCAGAGUAUGCAGUACACCAUGAAAGUUACAGAGAAAUGCGAACAUUUAUAGCGACGGGGUAGUCCUUUUGGAGUUGCCGAGAGGAAGAACGCCAGUACAGCCACUAAAUCAAGGCGGAGACCGUUUGACGCUGGUCAGAAAUUAUGUAGAGAAACAUUCAUUUUGUCAUCCGGGAAUACUUGAUCUGCACGACGAAGCUAUUGUUUCUCAUAUUAUUACUGUCACGAAAAUUACUUUGAUGUGCACAAGCAUGUUUCCAAAUGAGCGACCAACGAUGCGGGAGGAAGUUGUUUCCACGCUUAUUGAUCUCGUAAUUAAUUGUUUUUGACAUGUUCUACGA